CCAAACUAUAAGCUACAUAAAUGACCAAUCGAGCAGUGUUAUCUUAGAUGACAGUCUGCCACAGAAAUUGAUGAAGCUCUUAUCUAUAAGAGAGGAGCGUCCACAAGCAAGGCUCGCUGCGUGUGUGCUUCUUCUGCCCGGCUAGCUGUAUGUAGUGCUUAUUGCAGCAAAAUAAUAUGGAACCUGCUGCGGCAUGGGGACCUUGCGAGUUUCAGCUGGCGAACUGGACCAUUGAAGAACCUGCUGUUGAUGAAGUUUGGGCUCCUGCUGCCAGCCUCCCUGUGGAGUAUGCGUCCAUCGACAUUUUUCCUGAUAUCUGGAGCCUCCAGUCAUAUGUCCCUAGUAGCUCUAGUGGAGGUCAGCAUCGGCAGGUUGUGUACAACUCCUAUGCUGCAGCCACGCAGCAUGAUAAUCCGGUUACUGAGAAAGCAGCACCACCAGCACAAGAGCCAUUUGAGGUCGAUUUACUGCACGAUAUGGAAAUGGAGAUCCUUAACAAUAAUCCUAUUCGGGUGUUCGAGGAAGCAACGCGCAAGUUUGAGGAUGAUAUGGACAUGGUGAAGAUGAAGAUCCAUAGGUACCCCCCAAGCAUUCAAGGUAUCAACGAAUGGUAUACCGUCCCAACGGUUGUGGCCAUCGGCCCUUACCACCAUGGCAAAAGGCAGCUCAAGCAGGCAGAGAAGGUGAAGCAUGCGGCUGCCUACCACUGCAUCAAAAAUUCUGGCCGCUCGGUCCAGGAGAUGUAUCAAGCGGUCGUCUCCGUUGUGCUGGAAAUCAAUGCGCGUCGCCUCUACGAUAACGACGUGAUGGAAGGUAUCGGCGACGACAAAUUCCUACCUAUGAUGUUCUUUGAUGCAUGCUUCUUGGUGACGUACAUGCUUAAAAUGUCGCGCAAGGCCUGCGACACGUUGUUGCGCAAUUUCUUGGAGUCCAAUGCCUAUGACAUCGAUCAUGAUAUCAUGCUGCUUGAGAACCAGAUCCCCUGGCCGGUGGUGGACGCCAUCAUGAAGUACACGCCCGUGCCCUUGGCGGAGUUCGUUACUAACUGGAAAGAUGGCUGUCUGCAAGACCGGGUUGUCGCUAAAGUGCCUACUAUUGUCUUGGACGAUAGCUACAAACCACCGCAUCUCCUUGGCCUACUCCGGUUCUACAUCGUAGGAAGAAGAAGCAGAGCCGAGGUGCCCGGACUAGACAAAAUGAAAUCAAUAGCAAUUUCAGUUAGUGCCGUUGAGCUUACCGAAAUGGGCAUCAGCUUCGCAGCUAAUGAAACAACACAGCUUGUUGACAUCGGCCUUACCAAGGAAUGGAUCUACUUCGCCAAGCUCUCUAUGGCGCCUCUGUCUCUGAAUGAUUUACGCGCAAGCCUUCUCGUCAACAUGGCGGCUCACGAGCUCUGCACGACCCCAGAUUUUUUUGACGACAAGGCGGGAGAUGAAGACUCCGCUGUCUGCUCGUACCUGCUCCUCCUCUGCAUGUUGAUGAAUAGGGAGGAUGACGUGCAACAUCUGCGAACAAGCGGUAUCCUGGAAGGAGGGGCAGGGCUUUCCAACAAGCAGGCGCUCGACUUCUUUACCGGCCUUCAGAGCCUUCGCAUCGGACGCUGCUAUGGCUGCGUCAUGGCACAGAUUGAGAGUUACAGGAUCACGAGGCCGCUGCGGAUUAAGGUGUACGCGUUCCUUUACAACAACUGGAAGGCCAUCGUCGGGGUUGGCUCCGUGAUUGGUGUAUUGGCUAGUAUCUUAAGGGCGAUCAAGUCUCUUAACGGCCCUGCCCAUUGAUAAAAAUUUAUUUUCAUUCACAUUGAGUUAUCAGCGUGUGCGUCGUCUCAAGCUAAUGUGUUUGUGACAGUAUUCUCUACUUGUCUGUUGGGACUGCCAUGGAAUUUGCAAACUGCUUGCUUGCAGUAUAACAAGCUUUAUAAUUAAGCUCCACACCCUGACCCUAA